AAAUAAACCCGGCAGGCCUGCGAUGUGUCGCUUCGCGCAAAGGUAGUAAUUCUCUCGUGAGGCGGGAUCCGCCUUUCAGCAGCAAAGUAUGAAUAAAGAGGCGGACGUUUUAGGCAACAGAAAAAGGAAAAUAACUGCUCUGCUCACGGUAACUACACUUCCUCUUAUGGUAUGUUGCUAUGGUAAGGCUUCCUGUUCAGAUAAAGUUUUGACAGCGUGAGGCUGGAGAAUUAGAAGUGGCACAGGGCGUUUCUUUCUCCUGCGACCUGUCAGCGCUCGCUCGUUCCCCCCCCGCUUUUGCCCGUUUUUUUUUUUUUUUUAUUCCGUCGAUGUGGCUAAACUUUUGGACAUGUCCAAAACGCCGAAGACUCUCGGACUUCCUGUGAAUCAAAUGACCCUGGCUGCGUCGGAUGGAGACCUCCACCUGGGUGUCCCUGAUGGUCGUGGGAGAAGCUCGGAUAGGCAGGUGGGCAAAGUGGCCAGCUGGGCUGUCGGCUUCGAGAGGCUGCUGGAAGACGCCACUGGCAUCGAAUACUUCACGGCUUUUUUGAAGUCUGAGGUGAGUGCGGAGAAUAUCCUCUUCUGGCAGGCAUGCGAGAAGUUCCAGAAAAUUCCCGCCAAUCAGAAAGGAGAGUUGAAGCGUGAGGCGCGGUUCAUCUACGACGAGUACCUCUCGAAUAACGCCUUCCAUGCCAUCAAUAUCGAUGACACGGCACGCAUUGAUGAGAAGGACCUGGAAGACCCCAAACCAGACAUGUUCCAAAAGGCCCAACAGCAGAUCUUCAAGCUGAUGAAGUUCGACAGCUACACGCGCUUUGUCCGAAGUCCCAUGUAUCAGAGCUGCAUGCUGGCCGAUGUCGAAGGCCGGUCGUUGCCUGACCCCAAGAACCCGGGUUCCACUAAGAAUGCGUCGCUUGACAGAAGCUCCACUGGUGACGGCAAAAAGCUGCAGAAGAAAGCAGCAGCGAAACUGCGGCAGUCCCUCCCCUUCGACGUGGAGGACGGCUCGGACCAGAAGAAGGGCCUCGAGAGUCGGAUGGGCCGGGACAAGAGGGGGGAGACCAGGGGUUCGUGGGGAGAGGUGUCCGAGCGUGGCGUUUCCCGCAACGAGUCCCAGUGUUCGGUCAAAUCCACGGGCAGUGCUGAGAGCAAAGUCGAGAAUGGGAGCUCCAGUCCGCGGGAGGCGGCGCGGGUGGAGAAGUACUGCUGUGUGUACCUGCCAGACGGUACAGCCUCUCUGGCACCGGCCCGAUCUGGCCUGAUGAUCCGGGAGAUGCUAACCAGUCUCUGUGAGAAGAGGGGCUUCGCCCUCAGUGACGUCGUCAUCUAUCUACAGGGGAAGGACAAGCAACCGUUGUCCCUGGACCAGGACAGCUCUGUGCUGAAAGAUCAGCAAGUGUUUCUGGAAUUACGGGUGAAGAUUACAUUGGAGGUGGUCUUCACUGGGGUGACCACGGGCAUAGUGGUGAAGUCCAGCAAAACGCUGCUUGACGCACUGUCCUCCGUCCUCCAGAAGCACAAUCUCCGGCCUCAGGACGUUGUGGUUACCACGAGUGAGAAGAAGGAGCCCGUAAACCUGACGACGAGCGUCUUCUCUCUGUCUGGCAAGAAGCUUCAGCUGGACAGAGUACAUGGAACAGAUCAGAGCAGCUUCCCCACCCCCAGAGUGAGAGCUUCAGCGCCGCAGGAGAAAGCAGCAGGGCUUCUCGAUCUCCUCUCCAGAGCAUCCUGUCAGGUCGACGACCAGCGGGGGCUGUUGACGAAGGAGCACCUGGUCCUUCCCGAUUUCCUGCAGCUACCGAAGCAGAAGGAAGUGGGGAGCAGGCAGGAGCAGAGCGCCCGGGGAAGCACGCGGCCUGCCGAGGAGCCGGCCGCUAGCCCCGCCGUCGCUGCUGCCGCUGCUGCCACUCCCGCCCCCCAGGUGGCGACAGACUCUUCCUCGUGCUCAAAAUCCAGGCCGCAGUCGAUAUACAAGAGUCCGCGCGGUGCCGCCCCUGCCGAUACUCGGCCUGGCUGCCCCCCCAGUUGCACAGACUCCUCUCGGGAGACAGCAGUGUGAUUGGCCACCUCCCCCUGCCCUUCCGUCGUACCCUCCCCAACCCCUUUUCUGCUCCUAACACUCCCCUUUUUGGGAAACAUGGUUGAUGUGUCUGGAAGUCUUUCCUUAUUUACUGUUGACUGUUUUAAAUGAACGAGAACUACAUUGUUUUUUUUUUUUGUUUGUUUUUUUUUACAUUUAUAUUGUCUUAUGGCCUGGUUCAACGCUCAGAAAUGCUUGAUAUUUAUUUUGGACAUCGACUGUUAUUUAUAGCCACGUUUUUCCAGUAGCCUAGUACCAUGUGACUCUUCCUUUCCAUUAAUUGCACAUGCUUAUUAUCAUAAUGCACUUUUAUGAGUCUGAACUCAAACUAGUGUGAGACGGCUCCUUGGGCCGAGUCCGCCGGAGGUCCUGCUGGCUUCGGGGGUUCCUGUUCUCUGACUUCAGGGGAGCACUUAAGGGUCAUGGAUGUAUUCAUUUCUUUUUCUUUUUUUUCUUUUUAAAGCGAUUUGAGUGUGUUCACUUUCUGCUUGUGUUGCUUUGCCACUUUUUCUGAGAUGUGAUUGGGGGUUUUGCUUUGGUGUGAUGGGGCUCCACCAUAGAAAACGGUCUGUGCAUGUCGUUGCUUUUUUUUCUUUUUGUAUGAUGUGUCUGCAUGUAUGUGUGUGUAUACAGUCACCCCCUUUCUGCUGGAACAUACCCUGAUCCUGAGUCACAGCAGGGUCCAGCCCUCCAGAGCUGACUCCCAGACUGUGGACUCCUCAGCCCAUGGAGCUGGGCGAGGGAAAAUGAGUCGGGUUAGUUGGUAUAUCCGCUUCCCAUUUAGGUCACCAGUUAUUUUGAAGACCGGGAUAAACCAAUACCCUAACUCGAACUACAGGCAGUAUGGCUGCCUUCACCCAGUGUCUUUCGUUAGUGUGUCUGCCUCAUUUCAGCAUUUUUAACAGAUUCCAGGAUUUAGUUGCCUGUUUUGACCUGCUCCAUCUACCCUGGGCCUCGAGCUGCGGGGCUAUGACAAAAGCUGAAUCAGUCCCUCCUACCCAAGCACUCCUUUCUGUCUGAUCACCGCUGACACCUUCUCUCACUAAUGAAAGCCUAUGAUCUGAUGCAGGUGUGCAGCACUCUGGGCUGGAACAGAAACGUGGACUGGCUUGUUGGUUAACGUUAAGUGAUGCAUGCAUGCUGAACUACUUUUUCUAUGCUCAUGAGGUCAUCCCCAUGAGGCCUGAAGUGUGUGGCUUCUGGGACGCAUGCAAUGAUGCCGUGGCCUGUGUGUUUGGUUUGGGGUGGGGUGGGGGAGGGGUAUGAAAUGAAUUCAGCCUCUGGUUAUGUUGAUAGAAUUCUUCUGUAUCGAUUAAUUAACUGCAGAAUUUACCUUUAAAGCAAGUUGUUCCGAGACCUGAUCCCACUAGACUCUGCCAACUGUUUAAGCAUUUCGCAAUACAGGGUGCUUCAGCUCAAAGCCACUGAGAACUCGCUCCUAUCCAUCUGUAAUCGUCUUUAUAGCAAUACAUUUUGUUCAAGUUAAUAAACAUUUCUGUGGAGAACA